CCUUGCUCGCAAUCUCUCCUUGCUAAGGCCUGGUCCAACUUCUUGCCUAUUAAUUAUUAAUGAAGUGGACUAUCGGGUGCCCGGAAGUCAGCCAUAUACCACUACCCAUUCCAGGGUCAUGGUCGCAGUUCCAUACAGCAAAGGCUGUCGCACCUGCAUCCGGCGACGAGUCAAGUGCGAUGAGACACGACCAAAUUGCCGACGUUGCGAGCUGCGAGGUAUUCAAUGUCCCGGUUAUCGGAAACCUUUGACCUUCGUUGUUAGCACUCCCUCCGAUUCCAGAAGGCCAGUAGGCCCUAACCCUACAUAUCGUUCGGCGACCUCGUCCGCACAAUGCCAAAAGUCGAACACCUCUCAGUCGGUUACGGAGCGCGAUGUAUGGUCUCAUAAUAAUGUCGAUGAGUUGGUUGCGCCAAGUCUUAUACAAAAGACUUUGUCCGCGCAGGGGGUUGAAACCCUGGGAUUCUUCAUAGACGCUACGGUCCCAGGACUCUACUACUUAUAUAGUGCCCGUUUGUCAGUCAAUUGGAUGAACUUCGCGCGUCGCCAUGUCGAGUCGACGCUGGACCCCUUCGUCUGGAGUCUCCGGUGUCUGGGUACCCUUCACCUGGGCAUGAAACACCAGGACCAAGAUACAAUUGCCAGUAGUAGGUCUAUGUAUAGUCGUGGGAUCCAUGGCUUGCGUAGUUUGUUACGACGACCCCGAUUCGCCCGAUCGGACAUGACCCUCGCAAUCGCCGUCAUGCUUGGCAUCUACGAGAUGAUGGAUCCGAUCACACCACAGUCCUGGCUCACCCAUUCCAGUGGUAUUGCCACCCUAAUUCGCUUACGAGGACCAAAUGCUCACCGUAGUGGGUUUGGUCGUACUUUACUGAUUUCCUUCAAGUCAUUCAUAGUAGCCGACGCGCUCAUUCGAGGUGAAGCGUGUUUCUUAGCGGAGCCAGCAUGGCAAUCGGCGCUCGCCGACACUCUCGUCAAGGAAAGUGAGAAUAGAAAGGGCAGCCAGCUCGGUAAUCUAGUCGAGCUCAUCUUUAUCGAGAUAACUAAGUGUCCGGGUCUCUACGCUCGCGCCUGUGCAGUGAUCAAAAACAAUGAAACAGAUCACUCCAUGCGCGAGACACUCAGGCAGGAAACCAUGCGGUCUAGGAGAAGGCUCCAGCACCUGAGAAACCAACUGGAGUCGGUAUUUCCAGUCUCACUAGACAGUGAGGCGCUGAGAAACAAACGAGACCUUAUUGCACUAAUUCCAGUUCCUGUAGCCCAGAAAACCAGGCAGUUUGCUGGUCAUGGGGCUCAGUCGGCUCUCGCACUUCUAGACCAGAUUAUCGCACUUACUCAGUCCGAUCAUCGCCAGCUAUCCACAGAUCCAACAAUGCCUACAUUACCGGUGUGGGAUGUGCUGCCCGCCCCAGCGACUACGCCUCGUAUGACAAUGGGUAAGAAAGAGACUCUGGAGAAUCAACUUCCGGCAUGGCCGGAUCAACUGGCGCUGUCCAUGGGUAUGCUUGCUGUAAAGGACGAUUUGCAUGUAUGAAUGUUGCCAAGACACUCGAUCAUGAUGUCCCUUGAUGAAUGUCAAGGCUGUGUGACUUUGUCCUGGAAAUGUAAGCCGCGCUCGACUUGUAUUACAUCUGAUACCCUUUGUGGCUUCUCGAUAGCCAGUGUAGAGAGCUUGUGCUCAUUACGAUAUGAGCUACGAUUGCAAACGGAAACGAUAGUGAACAGAGAUGAGGCCCCUAACGUAAUCAACUUUUUCUGAUAUCGACACAGGAGGUUUGUCAAAUCCUCAACCCACUCCCGGUGGGUCCCGAGUGCU